UUCACGCUUUCGGUCUCACACGUGUAAUCUCGCCACCGUAAAAAGAAACCACACUUCUUAGAUUUUACCUCAAAAAAUAUCCAAAAUGUUUAAGUUUCAACACCGCGCUACUCCGGAGGAUCUCAAGCUCGCCGCGUCUAUAGAACGCAAACGACAAACCGAAGAAGCGAGGAAAUUACGCAUCUUUAACCCUCGCAUUAGAAAAAUUGGGAUAGACAAGGAGUUCUUGGAUAGGCAAGUCGAGGAGAAGAAGCAGCAGCGCGAGUGGGAACGGGCGAAAGAAUGCCAAUUGGAUGAGGCUCUCAUUCGCAGCAGCGAGCACGCCGCGUAUUUGGAGAGACGGCAGGAGGAGGAGAGACGAAAGAUAAACAAGGAGAUCGAUUCCUUCCGACGUUUCCAUCAGCGAGCGGAGGACCGGCGGGAUUACGAUUUAUAUGACCCCGAGGCAUUAAAGAAAUCGCUUCCUGCGCGCGUGGACGACAAUGGCGACGAUCCGAACUUGGGAGCAGCGUCCGCUCAGAAGUUCGAGGGCGAGGAUCGCAAUCUUCCCGAGCGAUUGAAAGCGCAGAAAGAGCAGAUGCGUUGGUGGAUACAGAGACAAAAGGAGGAACGCGGAGCGGCUGAGAAGGCGCGACGAGACGCCGAGGAUGCCUAUCAGGAAGUCGUCCUCUCCAGGGACAAGCGCGCGGCGACGUUGGCACGGAUGGAGGAGGAAUGUCGGCGAAGGUUGAACGAAGCCACAGCGAUAUUUAAUCGCGCUCUGGCCGAGGAGCAGCAGCAUCGCCGUCACUGUGAAGCCGUUCAAGAUGAGGAGGACAAGAAAGCGGAAAUCUAUAAUCACGUGACUGGAGAUUUCCUCACCGAGGCUAGGGAACAGGCCGAGAGCACCCGCGGUCCGCACAAGCCGUUGACGGACCGAUACAAGGGCAUGACUACAGACGAGUUGAAGGUCUUCAGAGAUGCUCAGAUGCAACAAAUGGAGGAGAUUCAUAAAAUCAAAUCGGAAGAGAAACGUAUCAACGAGACUUGGGAUCGCUUAAUGGAUUCGCACCUUCAAACUGCAUACUCGUAUGAUCGCGAGUUAAAUCAAAAAAAAUCGGAGCUCAAUAAAAAAAUUGCGGAGGAGAAUUUGCGGCAGCAACAGAAGCAACAUCAAGAAUACCUGAACCGCUUCGUUUAUAAGCAUCAACCAACACCCGACUUCUAUGAGCAGUUUAAUAAAGGAACACGUUGAAUGUCGAGCCACCAAAUCCUACUACACCGAUGGAGUAGAUGCGCAUAGACUUUUCAGUUAUCUACAAA